ACUAGCUCUCUCAAGACAUACGCACCGAUGCUUACGAUGCACGACGAAACUCUAAUAGUACUUAUAUAACCCAAAAAGUAAAAACAGACAAGAAUCACCCUCUUUUCUCUGCAAGAUCUGCGACACUGUAGCAUUUUCUGUGAGUCACACCCUUUGUCUAACUGGCUUGUUCCUUUUUGCUCACGCAGGUAGUGUUUCAUCUGCAGGACAUCAACCAUGAAAGUGACAAGCUUCGUUACAGCCGCUGCGGCAUUCUCCACUGCCCAAGCGUAUGCUACUACAUCUAGCUGUAAAUGCUUUCCUGGUGAUGCUUGCUGGCCUUCGGAUAGCCAAUGGAAGAGUCUCAACACGACUGUCAACGGUCGUUUGAUCAAGACUGUUCCUUUGGGGUCGCCUUGUCACGAUCCUACGUACGAUGCUGUGCAGUGCAAGUACCUUCAGGACCAAUGGCAGCAUCCCGGGAUCCAUAUGAACUCCUCCUCGUCUGUCAUGGCUCCUUGGUUCGCUAACCAGAGCUGUGAUCCCUUCCAACCUGAGUCCCGUGCCUGCGAACUAGGAAACUAUGUUCGCUAUGCCGUCGAGGCGCAGACCAAGGCUGAUGUUGUCAACACCAUCAACUUUGCCCGCAACAACAACAUCCGCUUCGUCAUUCGCAACACCGGUCACGACUAUAAUGGAAGGUCCACCGGUGCUGGUGCUCUCUCCGUCUGGACCCAUCGUCUCAAGGACAUCCAAUUCAAGGACUACAAUGCCAAUGGAUACAAGGGCAAGGCUGUUACUCUCGGUGCUGGUGUCCAAGGCUUUGACAUCCUCAAGGCUGGAAACGAUGCAGGGUAUGUUGUUAUUGGAGGUGAAUGCCCUACCGUUGGCGUCACUGGUGGCUAUACCCAAGGUGGCGGUCACUCAGCGCUCAGCACAAGCUUUGGUCUAUCUGCUCAGAACACUCUUGAGUUCGAAGUGGUUACAGCAGACUCUGGUGUUGUCACUGCUUCUCCUACCAAGAACUCAGAUCUCUUCUGGGCUCUUAACGGUGGCGGUGGCGGUAACUGGGGCGUUGUGCUGUCUAUGACUGUCAAGGCUUUCCCUGAUGCCAAGGUUGGCGCUGCUACCCUUGCCUUCUUCAACACAAACAACGAUCAGGCUACCUUCUACAAGGCUAUUGAGACUUUCCACUCCAAGCUCCCUGGUAUGGUUGAUGCUGGGUCUAUGGUCGUCUACUACUUCACCAACACCUUCUUCCAGAUUGCCCCUCUGACAGCUUUCGGCAAGUCUCAAGACGAGGUUCAGACUCUCCUUGCGCCAUUCGUCAGCUCACUUGAUACCUUGGGUGUGAACUACACAGUCAAGUACAGCCAGUCAGCAAACUACUAUAACCACUACGAUACCUACUUUGGUCCUCUCCCUAUUGGUAACAUCCAAGUUGGAAUUGCCCAGUACGGUGGCCGCUUGAUCCCCCGCGACACCAUCGUCAACAACAAUGACGACCUCACCCAAGCUGCCAUCAGUAUCGUUGAGCAAGGUGUCACAUGGAUCGGUGUCGGCACCAACGUCGCACCCUUCAGCAACCCCCAGAAGCAGUCACUUCUUCCAGCCUGGAACAACGCCCUCGUGCACGCCACCCUCACUACACCAUGGAACUUCACUGCUCCCUGGUCAGACAUGUUGGAUCUUCAGAAUCUCAUGACUGAUACAAUCAUGCCCGAGAUUGAAGCUGUCACACCCGGAAGUGGAGCGUACAUGAACGAGGCAGACUUCCGUCAGCCCAACUUCCAGUCGGAGUUCUUUGGAGCCAAUUACAACAAGCUACUGUCUGUGAAGGCGAAGUGGGAUAAGCAAGGAUUCUUCUAUGCUAGGAAUGCAGUUGGCAGCGAGCAGUGGACUAUUAGCGAUAACGGCCGAAUGUGUAGGCCGAAGUAUUAAGCAAACACUUGUGUAAUCGGACUGCGUACACUUGAUCCAAAAGGCAGUACCGAUAAGACGAGAGGGUAAUUAUAAUAGUACUUUACUUCUUAAUACAUAAUUCAUUGAGAGCAUGCCGUUUGAGC